AUGUCACUACCAUUACGAAAUGGCUAAAAUUGCAAACGUCAACUGCUUAGCAUUUUGCUGGUGUCACAUAAAAUUGUUACAAGUCUUCGGUCUUUAUUUUAUACUCAUUGUUAUCUAAUAAUAGGACAAUAUAAAACGCCUCUGCAUUUAUCAAAAUCAAAUCAAAUAGUAUAACAAAUCAGCAAAAUUCUUCAAGAAAUCUUCUAAUUUACCAACCACUGAUCGAUUCAAUGGCAGACAUAAUUUCAGAUGUGUUUGAUGCAAACGAAGAUUUUCGCGCACUCAUAGUAUCAGACGACGACGAGUGCGCGGAGGAACUCCAGUUCCAAGAGGUUCUUGCAGCCUCUUUAGGAAUCUUCCAUCUUCACAUGUCAUCAACAGAAAUCCAAGAAUCCCCUGAAUCAUCCCAUGUUUUUUGUGACAUCUGUAUGGAGAAAAAAGUUACAAAUGAAAUGCUCAAACUCGAAAAUUGCCCUGAUCACUCAUUCUGUUCUGAUUGCAUAGGCCAAUAUGUCCAGUCCAAGAUUCAAGACCGCAUUUUCCAUGUAACUUGCCCUGGUUUGAAAUGUCGAGCAACAAUUGAACCUGUUUCUUGUAAAUCAAUCAUCCCAGAAGAUGUAUUCGAAAAAUGGGAAGGGGGGUUGAGUGAGUCAACUCUUCUUGAUUGCGAGAAAUUUUAUUGUCCUUAUAAAGAUUGUUCGGAGCUGCUGAUUUAUGAUCAAGAUCAAGACUUAAUCGAGUGUAUAUGUCCUGUAUGCCAAAGGUUGCUCUGCGCGGCUUGUGGAGUCCCUUGGCAUAGAGGGCUUGAUUGUGACAAGUUCCAAAAGGAUGAAAAAAACAGAGAAGAUGACUUAAAGGUUGAGGAACUUGCUAACAACUCCAAAUGGAUGAAUUGCCCUCACUGCAAACAUCUUGUGCAGAAGGCUGAUGGUUGUAUACACAUAACCUGCUGGUGUGGAUCUGAAUUUUGCUAUGUAUGCGGAGAAACAUGGAGUGAAAGCCAUUGGAGUUGUCAGAUUAGUGAAUGAUACUGGAUAGCCUCUAAAGAAGUCCUAUUUAUUUGCUGAAUAGAUAGGUAUAUGAAAAUUAUGACUAUGCUUAACGAUACAAAAGGGAGAAGGAAUGCUUAACGAUAUCGGAUUGCCUCUAAAUACCAAUUCAGAUGCUGGAUGUUUGUUAUCCACUAGACUUUUUAUGUUUGUUUGCUUGGUAUCAUAUGCUGGAUGUUUGUUAUCCACUAGACUUUAAUUUAGUGUUGGGUCCAAAAUCCUGGCAUUCACCUUUUGUUUUUAUAAGAUGCUUGAAUCGGAGACCGAAUAGCUAAAAGACGGAGGGGGGAUUUUGCAAUUUGUUUAGAAAAAAUGAUCCUAUAAA